AUGAGCAGCGGGGACGGAGUGCAUUCGACAUUUGACGCACAUCAAAUUUAUGAAAAGGCCGAAGAAUAUUGGUCCCAGGCGAGUCAAGAUGUCGAUGGGAUGCUAGGCGGAUUCGCUGAACUCCAUGAGCCGGACAUUGCUGGAUCGAAAGCAUUUCUCAAAAAUCUACGUGCCAAGAAAAUCAUUUCCUCGAAUGAUUAUGCGCUCGAUUGUGGUGCGGGAAUCGGACGAAUAACGAAGCAUUUGCUGAUUCCGCUUUACAAGAAAGUCGACAUGGUCGAUGUUGUUGAAGAAUUCAUUGCAAAAAGUGAAGAAUACAUUGGAAGCAAAAAUGGGGUUGGCAACAAGUUCGUAGAAGGCCUUCAAACAUUCGAACCUCCUUUGGGACGAUAUGAUCUCAUAUGGAUUCAAUGGGUUUCUGGAUAUCUCACAGAUUCUGAUUUGGUAUCAUUUUUCAAACGGUGUGCGGCUGGAUUGAAACCGGAUGGAUGCAUUGUGCUCAAAGAUAAUGUUGUGAAAAACGAUAAUGCUGUUUUUGAUGAUGAGGACCAUAGUUGGACAAGGACACAUCGCGAACUGCAGAAAAUAUUUGAGGAUGCCGAUUUGUCAGUGCUUUCAAAAGUAACUCAAGCCGGUUUUCCUGAUGACAUCUAUCCGGUGAAAAUGUACGCGAUGAAGCCGAAGAAAACCGAAUGA